AUGGAACCAACAUUAUGUUUUCAUUUAUGUGAAACACCAACUAUUUAUAUACAAGACAAAAUAUGCCGAUGUUCAGGUGGUGGUCUUAUGGAUCAUAGUCGACAGAGAGAUAAAUUUUGUACAAUAUUAUGUCCAGCACCAGGGAAUCGUCAAGCUCAAACAGAUUAUACAUGUGGUGGUAAAGAAACCUAUUCAGCUUAUGCUGAAGAUCAAUUUUAUACUCGACAUGCUCAUUUAUUUGAGUAUCGGAUUCAAUUUACAUCAUGUCAAUUAUGGAAUACUUCUGGUUAUUAUGAUACAUUACAAGUUAAAAUUGAUGAAUCAUCUGUUAAAUCAUCAUUGACUAAAUUGGAACGAUGUGCUGGUGCAUGUUUUGAUAAAAAUGCGACAACAAAAUCAAUAGCUUUCAACAGUGACAAUAAUGAAUGUUUAUGCAUAAUGCCGCAGAAAUUAAAUGUAAAAUCUGAUCGUGCACUUUAUUUAACAAUUUUACCAAAUAACAGUUGUAAUCGUUAUUGUGAUAACACAUUGGGUGAUUCAAACAUCGAACAUAAAUUCAAAUGUGGUUCGUUGAAUGAUUCACAUAUAUGGGCUGUAUAUGAACUAACUGAUUUAUGUCCAACUGAUUUUGUUUACAUAAAAGAAUUAAAAGAAUGUAUGUCUACUCAUAGAGGACUUUGGGACCCAUGUCCAUCGUCAUCAAUAGAGUUUGUUUAUGAUGGAAAUAUAACAUGGCAUAAUUUUCUUAAAAUUAUUGAAAAGUUAAACUUAACUAAAUCGACUGUUUCAAUAGAUUUUGAUGAUGAUGUUACUAUUGAUCCUUCAUGGAAAUGUCCAACAACAAAUUCAAAUCCUUCUGAUAGAAGAUAUUCCACUUCGGGUUUUAAUACACAAUAUUUAUUGGAUAAUGGCUGUUUACGUGUAGAUUCAUAUUUAGGACCUUUGUAUAGAUUAUCAUAUCGUUUGUGUAUAACAUAUUCAACAAGUAAGAAUUCGUUAUUGGAUGACCUUGGAAUUUAUUCAACUUAUACAUCUCCUAUUAAUCAAAUGCUGUAUGAUUGUCCAGCGAAUUGGCUUGAUAUAAAUAAGCAUUGUUAUCGAAUAUCAGAUGAACGUAAAACAAUACAAGAAGCAAGAAAUAGUUGUAUAACUGUAUCCAAGGCUGAACAAAGUAAAAAACAUGAAGAGAUUAUAGCAUAUAUUAGUGAUAGUGAUGAUCAGAAUGAUGAUGAUAAAAAAAAGGAAAGGGAUGAUAAAAUAAAGGAUUAUAUUGGUGGCUUACUUAAAGGCGACAUCGUUCAAUUUACAUCACAAUGGCAAGGUCGUCUUGGCUUUUUCCUGCUUGACACAAAUAUAUCAAGUGAUGAAUUAAUAAAUGAAGAUGAUACAAAUAUACCAUCAUUAGGGUCCAAUAUUGAUAUCAAUCGUUCAUCUGUGAAUGAAUUUCAAUUGAUUGAUUUGAAUGAAAUUAAGAAUUCAACUAGAAAAAAUGAUUCAUGUUUAGUUUUCACACGUUCAGUGAUUGACGAUGAAGGAAGUUUUAUUUUAAAAAAUACUCAAAUCAAUAAUUGUUCGAAACCAAGACAUGUUUUAUGUACAACAAAACCAAUAAUAACUCAUCACUCUGAAAAAGGUUGUUUUCAUAAACCAUUAACACUUGGUGUACCAGCCAUGAUAUCAAAUCAUUUAACAUAUGAAUUAUGUUUAUCUGUUUGUAAAGGAUUAAAAACAAAUUUAGCUGUUCUUCAUGUAAAUAAAUGUUAUUGCUUCAAUGCUGCUUAUACAUGGAUAGCUGAAACCUCACGAAACAAUUCAAAACAUAAAAAACAAGAUUGUGGAAAUCCAUGUCCGGGGAAUAAACAUGAACGCUGUGGUGAUGAAAAUACAAUUGUUACCUUUUAUAUCGUUGGUAAUCUAUUUGCAUCUAGAUUCGGCUUGCAAAAUAAACCAGAUAAACCAAAUCCUGAUUUUGUUUUUGAUGACUGUGUAAAUUUAAAUUCUGUAAAUCCAUCAACAAUGUAUCAAUUCAAUUUCAAACGUACCCGUGAUAUUCAUCCGCGUCAUUGUUUAGAAUUAUGUACUAACUAUCAACAGAAAUAUGCUCUUCUUAAUUCAAACAAAUGUUUAUGUACCAAUGUUUCACCGGAAAGGAAACAAUAUGAUCUCUUUGCAUCUCUAGAUUUUAAUUGUACUCGAGAAUGUCCAGCUAAUUAUUUUUAUACAUGUGGAAAUACAAGCAAUUCAUCGAUAUAUUCAAUGUAUGUAAUGGAACGAAACUGUCCCGUUGAUACAAAUAAACGAAGAUGUGUGUAUACAUAUACUUUGACAGAGAAAGAUUCUUUCUCAAAUGCACAAUCAUACUGUAAAUCAAUUGGUAGUAUGCUUGCAAAAAUGAACGAUAUUUUAGGAAUUCAAGAUGUUUUACUUAGUUCAGUUUUCACUUUCCAUAAUACCUUCAGCUAUUCAUCAUAUGAUUAUUCAAGUCCAUUGGAUAGUAAAAAAUAUUUUUGGAUUGAUCGUACAUCUGAUAUCAUAAAUAAUAAUAAAGCAUUAGAUCGUCCUAUUGAACGAUGUUCUCAAACAUCAGAAUCAAUUGAUCGAAAUUGCAUUAUUCUUCGUUAUCAAAAAAUUUUAAUCGAUAAUAUAACAAGUUAUGAACGAUGUUUUACUGAAUCAAAUGAAUGUUCAUCCAAGUCUGCUAUACCAGUUUGUGUUGAUAAACAUUUAGAAUCUAAUUCAACUGUUAUUCCUCCGACUAAUGAUGACAUUUCAUCAAUUAUAUCAGUUGAUACAUCAAUAGAUUAUUCAUGUGGGGAUGAUAAAGAGUAUCAUCUUAUAGAUGAGUAUUGUUAUAAAGUAUACUUUCACGAGACGACUUGGCAGGAUGCAAAAGCUGAAUGUGAACAUGAUAAUGCUAUGUUAUUCAUACCUGGAAAAAUUAUGACAUUGGAAAUGAUAAAAUCGUUAUUUUUACGUCGACGUAGUUACUCAUCAUCUGGUGUUGCACAUGUUGGUCUCGUUUAUAAUAAUCAAAAUCGUACUAUUAUACAAUAUAACAUAAAGGAUGAAACCGUUUUAGGAAAUGUAUCAGAUCCCGAUUCUUUUUACUAUGAAUGUGAAACAACAUUUCGUAGACGUUAUGAAACAUUAUUGUUAUCAUUGCUUUUAUCAACAAAGGAAAAGGAUAAAUUAAAAUCUCAGCAAGUUGGUUGUGGAUAUGUUGAUUUUCGAUCUGAUACGAGGCUUUUUAUUUCAUGUGAUGAAAUACCUUGUGAUCGACUAGCAACUGUUAUAUGUCAAAAGUUACCGACUAGAAAAACACGUGCCGUUAUAGCAAAACGUGGUUAUGUCAACGAAUCGGUAGAUGAUGAAUCAAGUGGUUCAUUAACUGAUGAUGAAUCAAAUUAUCAAAAAUCAAAAAAAUCUAUCGGCAGAGAUUUUGCACCAAUUUUCUUCGUUUUCGGCUUUGUAUUCCUUCUUAUACUUCUUGUAUUUAUAGGUAUAUUACGCAAUCAAUAUUUUAAGCGAAAAAAUAAUAAUCGACAGCAAAAUGAAUCUAUUUAUACUCAAUUGUCAAUGGCAAAUGAAUCUGAUUUAAAUUGA